AUCUUUUUGAGGUUUAAUGUUUUGUAACAGAAUGUAAUUAAGGCUGUAUAAUGAAGAUAAAAUUAAUUAGUCACUUGAGUUAAUCUUCAUAACCGAAACAUAACUGAGUUAAUCCUGAGAAUUAUUAUAUAAAGAGGCGCUCAACAAACAAGAAAACCAGAGGGCUCAGGAAAAAAGAAGUGAAAAAUGGCUUUUUUCUUGCACAACAUCACGUGUACGAUAAUUUCCGUGGUCCAUUUUUUCUUGCCUGUAAAUGUGAUUCCAUCUUCAACGUGCUACUCACCGGUGGAAGUGGAUCUCCAGCAGAUUUGCGACAAAACCUUUAACUCUUUAGAGUGUUUGAAUCAGUUUAAAUCAGAUCCCAGAAGCUUGAACACAGAUAUAAAGGGCCUAGCAGGAGUUUCAGUCGACCUGGCCUUGAACAAAGCCAAUACAGUCCACACCCAGUACAAUCAACUUUACAGUGACACCAAGGAUUCUAAUUUGCAGGAAAAAUAUAUUACUUGCUCCAAGAGUUACAAUGAUGCUAUUCGUGAUCUUGAAACUGUGAAGAAGUAUUUGGAUGAUAAUCGUUAUGAGCUCAUUCCUGUUGAAAUAAAUGAUGCUCUACAAGAAGUGAAGAGUUGCGAAAAUGCUUUCAAGAGGGAUCCAUUCGACCCUGCCCGUAUGGAUAACCACAACGAUGAAUUCAAGCUUCUUUGCUACAUGGUCAAGGUUACUUCUAGCAGUUUGAUCCAGAACUAGUAACCAUAUUUGCGCAUUGUCUCAAGCAGUGCAGCAGCCAGUAUGAGUCCAGUGGGGGCAGUUGCUCCCAUUGGAUGCUGGAGGGAAUUUAUUUGGUCACUGAAGUCUGAACUUGUGAUUGUUCUAAAGCCAUUUUAGAAUGGCAUAUUUUCCAAUAACAGUUUUAUUUCUCUAAUAGUGUUGCUGCUGUUAGUUUUUAUAGGAUCAAGGUUCAUGGGAAAUCCCCACCCAUGAAUUAA